AUGAAGCUUGUCCGGCUGCUCCAGCAGGUAGCCCAAUCACCCAAGGCGGUGACUAGUAACAUCCCUCUCCGACGUCUGGGAGAAUGUCUUCGUGAUAACCUACAAACUCCGGACGUAGAGAACCCAGCCGCGUGGGUCAACUUCCAUUCAUUCGUUGCCAAGGUUGAGUUCCUCGUCUGGUCUGUCCGGGUCAAACCGACCUGGGCCAUCUGGGCCAUGCGCGACGCCUUUGAGGAGGACGAAAAGCACUACCCGUCGGACGCCGUACGCGACGCCUACAUACUGGGCGCCGCCCAGUACAUAUUGUUCAAGGGUCAGGACCUCGUCCAGCGCAUCGCCUGCCCAGGGAUCGUGUCUGACGAGGACGAGCGGCAUUGGACUCCCGGGCCGAGGUACUCGGGGCCUGCGAGUCUCGAUCUGGCCAGAUGGUGCUUUUGGAAGGAUGGCUUCCAGGCCGCGGCUGCGCGUAAGGCGUCGUCGGCUGAGAUCAAGAGCGUUGUGGGCAAGACGGUUGCGUUGAUGGAUGCCCUUCAAGGAGCCAUGCCGGGGCUAGAAUUUGACUCAGAUCACUUUGAUGAGACUCUGGUAUUGACCGAGACCAGCACGGGAACGACAACUUUGACCACUACCGAUGCUACUGCUGAUAUGACUGCCGUGACCACUGCCACUGCCGCUCCAACACACUUCUACCUCCGCGUGGCCGAUGGCACUUACCAGGGCCAAUACUUUGCGCCCUUGGUGUAUUCUGAUACUUCUGCUACUAACUAUCGGGCUACCUUGCAACUCACAACAAGCAAGGCCAAUGCGAUCACUGUGAAACUAGAAGGCACGACGCUGUAUAUGAUUGAUUCGACGCACGAGGCUGUCAGCUUCAUGGGAUGCAGCAAAUCACCUGGCAGCGACUAUCUCGUCAUAAUGAUGAACGCCUUGGGCGCUAGCACAUACUCGAAUCAGAACUAUGCCAACCUGAUUUGCUCAAUUGCCGGCACCGCUCUCUCUUGCGGCGAGGCGCAAAACUCCACCUAUAACACCUUCAUCAGGUCGACGAACACUGGCAUCUAUCUUGACUCGUUGGCAGAUAUCGAAUAUGCUAACGCGCAUAGCCCCGGUCGAUUCACUAUAUUGAAUCUGGAGGUUGUGGCUAUAUAA